AUGAUUGGCCUUGAUGAAAAGCAUCGAUGGUGUUGCAACUUGCAAUGGACAAGCCAAAUUCCGAAUGAUACACAAGUCGGAAUUCUCCUGGUUACUCUAGAUGCAUCCAUCCACAUUAAUGGGUUUUGGAACUACGAUUCUGGUGUGUGCAUACCGGAAGCGAUCACAAUUUUCCAAAAACGUUUAAAUCCGAGACAAUUGGGUCUCCUUCUUUUCCGCUCAACAUUUGCGAAGAGAUGGGAUUACAAUUUACAGUACAUUCAGUACAUGCAUACAACAUCCGUCUCAGUACAAUCCGAACCGAUCUCAUUGGAUAGUAUCAAUCCGGGGAUUUCGGAGCACGUUGAGUUUGAUACUAAACCAUCCCUCCUUGAUCCAUUAUGCAAGAAUACCUCCUACCUAUCGAAAACUGGAAGAUGA